UAGAGUCAUCGCCAUUUCUUGCAGCGAUCCCAAUUUGAGUGAGUGUCAGUUGUUGGAGAUCUGAAAAAGACGAUAAUGUCCUUAUCUCUUCCCUCUCGAUACGCUUUCUUCUCCGGCUCCACUCCUGUCCGCAUCUGUAGGAGCAGCAGCAAUCUCUGCUUCUCCGUCGCAUCUGUACGGAAUACUAAACUCUUCCCUCAACCUACCCUCCUCCGCCACGUCAUCACGUCUCCUCGGUCGAAUUUCGAGAUCGUGCGUGAUUAUAGAAUUCAGGCGUCUUCUUCGCUCGGAUCACACGAAGAAGACGCUGACUCCGAUGGUGGUUUCGAUUUUAGCAGCUUCGUUUCUUUCGCGGAGGCGGUUUGUAUUCUGUCUUCCGCCGUGAUUUCGGUGGUUCUCGCGGUGAAUUACGCGGCGGUUGGUGAGAUUGGGAAGAAGGUUCUGUCUUUGGGUUUUGUCGGGUUGUUGUGUUCGGUCGCGUCUGGUUCGUGGCUUAGACGACGGCAAUGGAUGAGGAUUUGCAAAGGAACCAGAGAAGGCGAGGGUACGAAUUUAAUUCGACGGUUGGAGAAGCUUGAAGAGGAUUUGAAAACCUCGACCAACAUUGUAAGAGUUCUCUCAAGGCAUCUGGAGAAACUGGGGAUACGGUUUCGGGUCACCCGGAAAGCUCUCAAGGAACCCGUUUCUGAGACUGCAGCUUUGGCUCAAAAGAAUUCUGAGGCUACAAGAGUGAUAGCUGCGCAACAAGAGAUUCUAGAGAAGGAGCUUGGCGAAAUUCAGAAGGUUCUGCUCGCUAUGCAGGAUCAACAGCGAAAGCAACUCGAGCUUAUCCUUACAAUUGCCAAGAACGGGAAGCUGUUUGAGAGCUCUACUAGUAGCAGGAAAGCGCCUAAUGAAGAGAAAGAUAAGACAGCAGAAGAACCCUCAACAUCCGAAAAGAUACUCUAUCAAUAAACCAGAGGUAAUACAAACACACAAGAACUGGCGAAUGACAGUGUAAGGCUUUUGCCUGGAGAAGUUGUUCUCGAAAGCCAGGAGAGCGAGAACGAACACCCGAAAAUGGAUAAACUCACUGUGGUUUCGUCGAUGUAUUGUCAUCAUUAUUUUGGGUUUGUGUAUUCCACUUGCUUCUGAAUUCAAAUUUUCCUUGUAAUAGAGAGUUCUUGAUGAUGGUCGACUUGAAACGGUUUCAGA